UGCCGGAAACAAGUGAACAAGUAGACACACAAGUAAACUCAUUUUACAGGGUGGUAAGUGCCGGGAUGAAAAUAAAACAGUGUAGCAGGAAGGAGGCAAGUUUUGUGGGUCUGGAGGGGUGCCUGGAGGAGGGGGCCCGAGGCGUGACCACCCCCUUCCUCUGGGGGGGGGACUGCCUGCCACCCCCGCAGACACCCAUGGUUCAGUGCCCUCCAGGCCCCCGCCUGCCCCGGCAUCCCCUGCGCGAAGCUGGGUGCCCCAGGGAGUCUGGCCACCAUGCCACCUCCUCUCCUCCUCUUCUUUCUCCUCUUCCUUACCCCCAUGGGCACCAGGCCCCAGGAACCGUGGCUGGUGAAGGUGGAAGAGGGAGGUGACGCUGUGCUGCCGUGCAUCAAGAAUCCUCCAGAUGGCCCCCCUGAGCAGCUGGCCUGGCGGCGCGGGCCCCAGCCAAAACCCUUCUUAGAGCUGAACCUGGGGUUACCAGGCCUGGGCCUCCAUGUGGGGCACCUGGGCAUCCUGAUGUUCAUCUUAAACAUCUCUGAGCAGAUGGGGGGCUUCUACCUGUGCCAGGGGAGGCCCACCUCUGAGAAGGCCAGGCAGCCUGGCUGGACAGUCAGCGUGGAGGACAGUGGGGAGCUGUUCCGGUGGAAUGCUUCAGACCUACAGGACCUAGGCUGUAGCCUGGGGAACAGGUCCUCAGAGGACCCCAGGCCCUCUUCUGGUCACCCCAACAGCUCCCAGCUGUACGUGUGGGCCAAUGACGGCCCUGAGAUCUGGAAGGGAGAGCCUACGUGUGCCCCACCUAGGGACGGUUUAAACAAGAGCCUCAGCCAAGACCUCACCAUGGCCCCUGGCUCUAUACUCUGGCUGUCCUGUGGGGUGCCCCGUGAUGCUGUGGCCGGAAGCCGCAUCUCCUGGACCCAUGUGCACCCCAAGAAGCAUAACUUCUCAUUGCUGAGCCUAGACCUCAGCCAGGGUCAUCCAGCCAGAGAUAUGUGGGUCCUGGGGACUGGUCUGUUGUUGCCCCGGGCCACAGCUCAAGAUGCUGGCACCUAUUAUUGUCACCGUGGUAACCUGACCAUCUCGAUGCACCUGGAGGUCAUUGCCCGGCCAGCACUAUGGCAGUGGCUGGUGAGGACUGGUGGCUGGAAAGUCCCAAUUGUGACUUUGAUUUAUCUGAUCUUCUGCCUGGGUUUCCUGCUGGGCUUUCUUCAUCUUCAAAGAGCCCUGAUCCUGAGGAGGAAAAGAAAGCGAAUGACUGACCCCACCAGGAGGUUCUUCAAAGUGACGCCUCCUCCAGGAAGCGGGCCCCAGAACCAGUAUGGGAACGUGCUAUUCCUUUCCACGCCCACCUCCGCCAUGGGACGCGCCCAGCGUUGGGCGGCAGGCCUGGGGGGCGCAACACGGUCCCACGGAAACCUGCGCAGCGACGUCCAGGAGGCUAGAGCUGCGGGGUCCCGGAGCCCUCCAGGAGCGGGCCCAGAACAGGAGGAAGGCGAGGGCUUUGAGGAGCCAGACUGCAAGGAAGGCUCCGAGUGUUAUGAGAACGACUCCAACCUUGGGCAGGACCAGCUCUCCCAGGAUGGCAGUGGCUAUGAGAACCCUGAGGAUGAGCCCUUGGGUCCUGAGGAUGAAGACUCCUUCUCUGACGGAGCUGAGUCUUAUGAGAAUGAGGAUGAAGAGCUGGCCCAGCCAGUUGCCAGGACAAUGGACUUCCUGAGCCCCCAUGGGUCUGCCUGGGACCCCACCCGGGAAGCAGCCUCCCUUGCAGGGUCCCAGUCCUAUGAGGAUAUGAGAGGGAUCCUGUAUGCAGCCCCACAGCUCCGCUCCCUCCGGGGCCAGCCUGGUCCUGAUCAUGAGGAAGAUGCAGACUCUUAUGAGAACAUGGACAAUCCCGACGGGCCAGAGCCAGCAUGGGGAGGUGGCGGCCACAUGGGGACCUGGAGCACCAGGUGACCCCCAGCUGACCAGGCCUCCUUGGGCCCCUGACAACAUCCACACCUGACUCUGAAACCUGAGGAUCCCAAGCAGAUAAUGUCAACCUCCGGGGCGACGUUGCUCAGGAUGUGUGUGUAUGUGUGUACAUGUGUGCAUGUGUGUGUGCCAGUGAAACUUCCAGCCCCUUUUGUGUUCCCCAAAUAAACUCACUGAGCUCUUUCAAUCUUAUGAAGUAGUGCCCUUGUGUGGGAGGGGAAGGAAGGAAGGAAAGGGUACACACCUGUCCCCUCUUGAAUCCUGUAAAGGAGGGAGCGCUGCAUUCUGUGUAUGGGAAGAUUGUCCCCUCCUGUGGCCACCUUCACCCAUUUCCCUCAUUUGCCCACCAUCCACCCUAUUCCCCACAUCAGCCACAUUCCUGCCAUCCGCUUAUUCAAUUGCUGUUUAUUCAGCAAUUGUAUGCUGGAGAAACAGGCCAGGUGUGGUGUCUCGCACCUGUAAUCCCAGCACUUGGCCAA